CCUCAGUGGGGUGCAAUUCCUCUGCAGACCACCUGGUUUCUAGUGGACAGGAGAUCCAGGGUCCAGUCACAUAGGAAGGGGCUCAGAUCCAGACUGGACAGCCGGGCGUGGAAAUAGAGUUUCGUAAGUGCUGGAGUCCCGGCGCGCCAGCAUACUUUUCAUAGAAGAGUCAACCGCUUGUUCCUCUUCAUCCAAAACGCGCGAAGCACUCCAGUCCUGCGCCCGAACAGAGAGAUCAUCCGAACAUGACACGGGCUUUGUGUCUGUUGGCGAGCUGUUUGCUGGUUCUCCUCUCCUCCGCCGUGGAAGGGAAGAGCAGCAGGGAGAGAGUUUACUACGUGGGGAUCAUCGAGGACUUCUGGGAUUACGCACCGAGCGGAAAAAACCUGCUUAACGGGAAAGACGUCGAAAACGAUGAGCAUGCAUCUGUAUUCCUGGAAAGAGGGCCCCACCGUAUUGGCAGUGUUUACAAGAAGGCGAUGUACCGACAGUAUACAGAUGCAACCUACAGCCGUCAGGCUCCUCGACCCGAGUGGUUGGGCUACAUGGGACCCAUACUGCAAGCAGAGGUCGAUGAGGUUAUCGUGAUCCAUCUGAAGAACUCUGCGUCCAGGAACUACACGAUGCAUCCCCAUGGGGUUUUCUAUGACAAGAGUGCAGAAGGGGCACUCUAUCCAGAUGGGACAUCAAACAGUUUGAAGAUGGAUGACCAUGUUCCUCCAGGAGGAAGCUACACCUACCGCUGGGAGGUCACACCAGAAUUUGCCCCCACAGACGCUGAUGCCAACUGCCUGACCUGGGUCUACCACUCUCACAUAGAUGCCCCCAGGGACAUCAACUCAGGACUUAUUGGAGGCCUGCUAACAUGCAAGAAAGGAAUCUUGAAGGAGACGAAUGGACUAGUUUCAGGCCGCAACGAUGUGGACCAGGAUGUCUUAUUGAUGUUCAAUGUGGCAGAUGAAAAUCUGAGCUGGUAUCUGGAGGACAACAUUAAGAACUGCUCUGAUCCUGCUGGAAUCAACAUAGAAGACCCAGACUUUAAAGAGUCAAACAUGAUGCAUGCUAUUAAUGGGUACAUGUUUGGUAAUCUGCCCGGAAUCAAGUUAUGCCAAAACCGUCCGGUGGCCUGGCAUUUGUUUGGCAUGGGUAACGAGGUAGAUGUUCAUACUGCCUUUUUCCAUGGGAAUACUCUGCUGGACCGUAGCCACCGCACCGACACCAUCAGCCUGUUCCCAGCCUCGUUUGCGGCAGCUGAGAUGGUCCCAAAAGGAAGAGGGAAGUGGCUGCUGACCUGUCAAGUUAACGACCACUUGCAGGCUGGGAUGCAGGCCUUUUAUGAAGUGGAGUCAUGUGACAGUGAGGUCGGCUCCACAGCAAGCGGUGGUGUUGUGAGGAAUUACUACCUGGCAGCAGAGAAGGUCCUGUGGGACUAUGCUCCCUCAGAAAAGGAUUUGAUGAACAAUGUGUCCCUGACUGAGGCUGACAGUGCAUCCGAGGUGUUUUUUGGCAGAGAUGGUGGCAGGAUUGGAGAUCGAUACUUGAAAGUGAUAUACAAAGAGUACACAGAUGAUACCUUCACCACUGCUAUAUCACCUGACCCUGGACACCUAGGAAUUCUGGGUCCAGUUCUGAGGGCAGAGGAAGGUGACACUCUCAGUGUUACGUUCAUGAAUAAGGCCGAUAGAAACUACAGCAUCGAGCCUCAUGGACUUCACUAUGACCAGCGCUUCCAGGGAAGCAGCUAUGAGGAUGGUGUUAACAAGCCAGGCUCCCACGUUGGUCCAGGUGAGAACUUCACCUACACCUGGCAGGUACUGGAAGGCCCGUCUUCAUAUGACUCUCCCUGUAUUCCCUACCUGUACUUCUCUGGCACCGAUCCUGUCAAGGACACCACCUCUGGAUUGGUUGGACCUCUGCUUGUGUGCAAGAAAGGAGCGCUGGGAAAGAAAGGAACACAGAAGGGCAUGGAUAAGGAGUUCUUCCUUCUUUUCUCCGUCAUGGAUGAAAAUAUGAGCUGGUAUUUGGACGAGAAUAUUGAGACUUUUGGCAGCAGUGCAACAAAUCCAGAAGACGAGGGCUUUCAGGAGAGCAAUAGGAUGCAUGCUGUAAACGGACGCAUGUAUGGGAACCUUCUCGGACUCGAGAUGUGUGCCGGGGACAAAGUUAGGUGGUACAUCCUUGGACUGGGUACCGAGAUAGACAUCCAUGGUGUUUAUUUCGAGGGGAACACCUUCGAGAAACAUAGCACAACACGUGACACAGUCAGUGUGUUUCCUCACGUCGCUGCCACUGUUGUCAUGCAACCAAACACUCCCGGUUUUUUUGAGGUGAGCUGCAGAUUGACAGACCACUACUCGGCUGGCAUGAGGCAGCAUUACAGAGUGAACCAGUGCCCAGGAAAAAAAGUGAAGCGCACAAACACAGAGCCAACUAACACUGUACAGUAUUUUAUCAGUGCUGAGGAAAUAGAAUGGGACUACUCACCUACGAGAGACUGGGAGCGGGAGAUUCACCAUGGUACAUUAGAGGGCAGUGCAGGCAACACGUUUCUGGAACCAGGGAAGGACAGAAUUGGUUCACGCUAUAAGAAGGCGGUGUAUAGAGAAUAUACUGAUGCAACCUUCACAGUUCAGAAGGAACGGUGCCCCAACCAGCAACACUUGCAAAUUAUGGGUCCGAUAAUCAAGGCAGAGGUAGGAGAGCAGAUUGUGAUCACAUUUAAGAACAAAGCCAGCCGACCGUACUCGAUUGCCCCACAUGGCGUUAAGGCCAGUGGUGCACACAUUCCUGUCGAUCCUGGCUACAUUGUCGAGGUGAAGUGGGAUAUUCCUGAAAGCUCUGGUCCAGGGAUCACAGAUCCUAACUGCAUCCCUUAUGUCUACUACUCCAGUGUUGAUUACAUUAAGGAUCUGUACAGUGGUCUUCUGGGGCCUCUGGUGGUAUGCAGGCCUGGGACUCUGACGCCUGGCGUAGGAUCCGACAGAAAGAGGAUGGACAUGGAGAAGGAGUUUGUUCUGUUCUUUAUGGUGCAUGAUGAAAACCAGUCCUGGUACUUGAAGAACAACAUUAGGACAUACCUUGAUGUCGACCCGGAAACCUUUGUGGCAGAUGAAGGCUUUGCAGAGAGUAACAUGAUGCAUGGGAUCAAUGGUCUAAUGUAUGGUAACCUCCAAGGACUGGUGAUGAGGCAGGGCCAGACAGCUGCCUGGUAUCUAGUGGGUAUGGGCAACGAAGUGGACAUGCACACUGUUCACUUCCACGAAGAGACUUUUAUCUACAAGACGGACCGUGCACACCGAGCAGACGUCUUCGAUUUGUUCCCCGGGACUUUCCAAACUGUAGAGAUGGUGGCCGGAUUCCCGGGGACAUGGCUGCUCCACUGUCAUGUGGCUGAUCACAUCCACGCCGGCAUGGAAACCACUUUUACAAUUAAAGGUUCUGCAACACCAGGAACUGAAGUCUCCAUAAAGAUGCUGCUGCUCUCACUGGCACUCAGUCUUCUGGCUGUUGGUCAAUUGCACUGACGAAGGUCUCUGACAGUAGAUUGUGUGACCACCGCAGUGGUUGCUGAUGCACUAUAAAAACAUAUCUGGGGACAAAAUCACUGUCGCAUAUUUGUUUGGUGCAGGUCAUGUAUGUAAAUAUCAAUCGAUGAUCAGGCCAGUCAAACUACACUGCCUGGCCAAAGAAAAAUUCACACACUCUAAUUUUUUUUUGGACCGACUUUAGCUUUGAGUAUGGCACUCAUUCAGUGUUGCAUCAUUUCUAUAAGCUUCUGCAAUGUCACAGCAUUUUUUUCUGUCUAGAGAUGCAUUCAUUUUUCUACCAAGAUCUUAUACUGAUGAUGGGAGUCAGACCGCUGCGCGAAGUCUUCUCCAGCACAUCCCAAAGAUUCUCAAUGGGGCUGAAGUCUGUACUCUGUGGAGGCCCAUCUCUGUGUGACAAUGAUGUCUCAUGCUCCCUGAACCACUCAUUCACAAUGUGAGCCCCAUGAAUCCUGGCAUUGUCAUCUGGGAAUAUGCCUGUGCUAUCAGGGAAGAAAAACUCCAUUGAUGGAAAGACCUGGUCAUUCAGUAUAUUCAGGUAGUCAGCUGACCUCAUUCUUUGGGAACAUAACGUUGCUGAACUUGACCAACCCCAGAUCAUAACCCUGUACCCACCGACUUGAAGGCACUAGCCAUGAUGAGUGCAUCACUUCAUCCACCUCUCUUCUUACCCUGAUGCACCCAUCACUUUGGAACAGGGUUAAAUGAGAAGCUCCUCACUGCAUCAGCUAGGGUUAAAUAAGUUGUUGCAGCUGAAACAUAUUCAUCACUGCAGUAAUUAUCCAAUAGAAGACUCUUACCUAUUUGCUUAGUUAAAUCCAAGUGGCGACUUUUUUUUUUUUUUGGCCAGGCUGUGUGUAUCGAUUGCUGUACAAUCAUGUAUAAUGUUCAGGAUUAUAUUAUUUCUUUGAACAAAGAAAACAUAUUUUUGUGAACUGAUUCUGUGCUGCUGUGUUUUCCAUUGGGUUGAAUUCUGCUCAGUGUUGUUAGAUGAGCUGUGUUUUUCACAGCACUGCUUCACCAAAUAUUUGAUUUCAGUUAAGUGCAAUAAAGGCAUUUUUUCAACUGUG